AAUACGGGUGAGCUGGUCUGACCAGGGGGCAGGACCCCAAGAUACAACUUCUGCGCGCCUUUGCGGUUGUCUGUUAGAGACUAACUUCUCCUUGGUUGAACAAAGGAAGGUCCUUGGUUGAAGAUUUCAGUUGUCCAUCCAGGAUAGGAGGAAGUUGGAUCUAAUCAGAAAGCAGAAGUAACGGCCCGGACCAGAGGCGAGCGCGUCUGUUUCGCGCUACGUUGUCCUGUGCUGCUACCGUAUAAACAUGUCAGACUCUCCGCAUCAUCCUGCUUGGUUUGUUGUCCUGCUGUCACUGUGCUGCUGCUGGACAGUCUGCUCACCGCGGCCACACCAUCCUACUGUCCCAGGCACACAACCGACCCAGAUCCACCUGUCGUAUACAGGCUCCCCCACCUCUAUGGUUGUGACAUGGAGUACCCUGAACAACACAGCUUCUAUGGUUGAAUAUGGACAGGGAGACUUUUCCCUGAGAAACUCUGGGAUUAGCACGUUAUUUGUGGAUGGAGGGAAGAAACACAACGCCCAGUACAUCCACAGGGUGGUCAUGACUGGACUCAAACCAGGAUUUCGAUACAUCUACCAUGUGGGGAGUGAAGAGUCCUGGAGUGCCAUCUACAGUUUCACGGCGGUGCAGGAUGACACCAACUGGAGCCCCAGGUUUGCCGUGUACGGAGACCUGGGCUACGAGAACGCCCAGUCUGUGGCCAGGCUCACUAAGGAGGUGCAGAGAGGGAUGUACGAUGCCAUUCUUCAUGUUGGUGACUUUGCCUAUGACAUGAAUGAUAAAGAUGGAGAGGUUGGGGAUGCCUUCAUGUCCCUGAUCCAGCCUAUUGCUGCUUACCUCCCAUAUAUGACAUGUGUCGGCAACCAUGAGACUGCGUACAACUUCUCCCACUACAUCAACAGAUUCUCUAUGCCAGGGAGUCAUGGCAAGGACAUGUUCUACAGUUUCAACAUUGGACCAGCCCACAUCAUCUCCAUCAACACAGAGGUGUGGUACUUGGAUGAAGAGGGAAGCAAGGACAAGGUGAUCAGGCAGAGGGAGUGGCUGCACAAAGAGUUGGAGGCCGCAAACACACCAGAGCAACGUCAGAAACAGCCAUGGAUCAUCCUGAUGGGUCACAGGCCGAUGUACUGCUCCAAUGUGGCAAAGGACUGCAUCAUGGAUGAAAGCUUUGUAAGGCAGGGUAUACCAAAGCAAGGCAUGCCAGGCAUAGAGGACCUGUUGUACAAAUAUGGUGUAGAUCUGACUAUCUGGGCCCAUGAGCAUUCCUAUGAGAGACUGUGGCCAGUGUAUGAUAAAAUGGUGAUGAAUGGAAGCAUGAGCCAGCCCUACACAAACCCCCAGGCACCUGUGCACAUCAUCACUGGAUCUGCUGGCUGCAAGGAGAGGCUGACACCAUUUGUACCCAACCCUAAACCAUGGAGUGCUUUCCGCCUGGAUGACUAUGGGUAUAUCCGCAUGACCAUCUUGAACUCAACACACCUGUACCUGGAACAGGUGUCAGAUGACCAGGAUGGAGUUGUUGUGGACAGCAUGCAGCUCAUCAAACUCAAACAUGACUCCUACUCCACCAGGAGUUACAGUGGCAGCAGAAGGGACUUAUAGGGGGGGGGGGGAGGGAGAAAGGGAA